UCCAAUAACAAAAAAUAAUGACAGCAAUGUUUGAUGUUGCGCUCGAUGAACCUGCUCUGUUUAUCAAGUUAGUGUAAUAAUAAAUUAUCUUUGUUUGUAUAUGGCCUUUGGUAUGGCUAUAUUAAAUAUCGUUGUGCACUAUUAUUUUGAAUGGAGCAUCAUUUUGCUUAUAACGUCUACGUAUUUCGAGUGGUCGUGCCAGCAAACACUAGGCCUAAGCGGCUGUCCACUUAUAGCGUGUGAUCCUAGCGGAGGAUUUUCUUUCUCUGGCAACCCACCUCUUUCAAAUGUAACCUUGAGAUGGCAGAAUAACCAAGGCCUAGCCGGGGACCCAGAUCUCGGUUGCAUUGGAAUAUCGAAUAGGAUAGUGUGUCCCCUACGAACAGCUAACUCCACACUUGUAGGCAUUGACGCGCAGAGUGGUGAGUUGGUCUGGCGUGACAGUCUGUUACAUUUCCCCAGCAUGCCCUUGAUGGAUUUCUACAGUAACACGAUAGCCUGCGAUGGGAGCUUGCUUGUGCCUUUUGACAGUGAAGGCCAUCUUCGAGGAACACCGAUUCCUUUCUCACCGCCCAUGAAUCCAGUAUUCAGUUUAACACUGACAGACAAUGAUGCCUUUAUCAUCUCUGGUUAUGAUGGCAAACUAGUCACCUACCUUAUGAAUGGCAUAAUUCAUGCUUCUAUUUUUUUGAAAGCGUCUAUUGAUGGAGUGAAUGGGACAUUUGUUCCUAUCAUCACACCAGUGGUAUCUGGACACCGAGCCUACUUCCUGACUCAGUUCAGACCAGACUCCAGAGGGCAUAAAUCAAAGAGUGAUGCACCAAUUUACAGGUUAUAUGCUGUCGAUAUUUUACGUCAAGCCGUUGACAGAAUGAAGACAAUCUGGUUUCAUACAUUCAACAACAGUUGGAAUCCUGCACUUCAAAAGUCUGAAAGUACUCAAGCAAUAAAUCUUAGUAAGACAAGUAAAUAUUAUUCAAAAAACAAGGAGACCCAUUCAAGUGAAAACCAAUAUAGUAUGCUCACUAAAGGUUCAAUGAUAUUUCUAACCUUAAAUACUCAACAUGACAAUUUUGUAGCUGGCAUGAGAGGCGAUGUGCAAUUGGACUAUACUAAUUCAGUGAAUUAUUUACCUUCAGCAAAUUCUGACCAAUCAGAGACAGUGUUAUAUGGGUUUAAUGAUACUGGAUCUGAUUACCAAAUUCUUUUCACGAUUAAGGAUUCUUUUAUUGCAUUAAGCUCAGCUGUUGGUACAUCCACAUCGGAAUCUCGCACAGUCCGAUCUGUUCACCUUUUGGCCACAACUAACACAACCGUGUAUAAAAUAGACGGGGAAAAUGGAAAAAUUCUUCAGAAGAUAGAUUUAACAACAGUGUUUGGUGAAGAGGUUGUGUUGACAUCAAAAAUGAUGGUUGUAACGAAGAUUUUAGCAGGGAAAACCAGGUCGAUUGAUGGAGACUACAUUUUACUAGCAGUCUCUUGUGUUACCGCUCACUGCCUGCCACCUCGUACUCAGAAACAUUAUGUAAUACUAGUAGAUAUGAAGACGGGAGAAUUGCUGUGGUUAGUAGCUACUCCAGAUGAUCGGCCUGUUGUUGGACAGUUGAUCGGGAUUUCUAGUACGUCAUGCUUGAAUGAACACAGUAACUGCAACGUUGAAAGUAAAGAUUUAAUCAUAGCUGCAGCUGAUGGGCGUAUCUUUGCAUUAGGAGGCAAUUAAAUUGAAUUAUUUGUUUGAUUAACGAAUCAAAAAAUUAUGCUCUCAUUUUGUUCUUCAGCACCUUACCAUCCCCAGGUAGGUAAAACUCGUUAGCUGGGGAAUUUGUCUUGGAACAGACUGCAACAAACACCUCCAAGUUUUUGUUUGCUCUCACACACUCAGGGGUCAUAAGCCUUCUGCCGAGUCAUCACUUCCAACUUGAGAUGCGUUCAGAGAGCUUGCUAAAGCAGAUCAUCCGGAAGCGGCUUCCCCCAACUUGAUACCUUUGCACACUGCCAUAUUACUGUAUACCACUCUAGAUGGUGAGAUGUUCCUACCUAGGCCUUCCUCUAUUUUACAUUCUCUUUUUCAUGUAUCACAUAGUCAAAGUUUAUUGUUGGUACUGUACAAAUAAUUAUAAAAAUACAAUUUAUUACAGUACUUGAAUUUCCUUGUAUAUCUUUAAUUAGGUUGAUGGCUUAUAAAAAUUAAAAUAAGAAAAUAUAUUUAUUAACAUAUAGAUAAUAAAGACAGCGGCUUUAGAUCGGGAGAGGUGGCGGGAAUGGUUGCCAUGAACCUGCCAAUUGGUAGAUCACUUGGUGACGUAGUGACUAACCAUUUUAUGUUAAUUACCUUAUGAAUAUUCAUGUUGCACUACCUCCUAAAUUGGCUGAUAAUCAAUAUAAAGAAAUUUUGUGGUAAAAAAAAAAAUCUAAACAUCAACAGAAACAGAAUUAUUUUGAUCUCUGUCUUAUCAGAAGUUGAUAACUUUUAAGCCCUGUCCACACUAUGAAAUUUCAUGUGACAAAUAAAUGUGAUGUGUCCAUAUUUGGGUAUAAUAUGACAUUAGAGCUUUAAGCUCUGUCGACACUAUCACAUUUUAUGUGACAAUUUGUGUGAUGUGCUCAUAUUACACCCAAACAUGGACAUAUCACAUUUAUUUGUCACUUAAAAGUUGAUAGUGCGUACCGAGCUUAAAGCUCUGUCAUUUACACCUAAGUAUGGACACAUCACAUUUAUUUCGUCGCUCACAUCACGAACUAACACAAUUAAAUUCAAUUGUGUUAGUUCGUGAAAUCAAAAAAGCGCGUCAAAAUACGCGCUGCUGUCGUUAAGGACUUUUUGUGUGGUAAAG